GAAACUUAACUCUGUCUCUGUCAGAGAAACACAGCUAAACUCCGUCUCUGUCAGGGUGAUCAGUGAAAUGGCUGAGGCCAAUAUCUUGGUGGAUCAGGACCAGUUCAGCUGUUCAAUCUGUCUGGAUAUACUGAAGGAUCCGGUGGCUAUUCCCUGUGGACACAGUUACUGUAUGGGCUGUAUUAAGGGCUGCUGGGAUCAGGAUGAUCAUAUUGGUGUCUACAGCUGUCCCCAGUGCAGACAGACCUUCACCCCAAGGCCUGUUCUGGGCAGAAACACCAUGCUGGCUGAAGUGGUGGAGAAACUGAAGAAGACAGGACUCCAAGCUGCUCCUCCUGCUCACUGUUACGCUGGACCUGGAGACGUGGCGUGUGAUAUCUGUACUGGGAGAAAGUGCAAAGCCAUCAAGUCCUGUCUGGUGUGUCUGGCAUCUUACUGUGAAACUCACCUCCAGCGUCACUAUGAAUCUCCUCCUCUUAAGAAACACAAACUGGUCAAAGCCACUGGAAACCUGCAGGAGAAGAUCUGCUCUAAUCACGACAAACUGCUGGAGGUUUUCUGUCGUAGUGAUCAGCAGUGUAUCUGUCUGCUGUGUGUGAUGGAUGAACACAGAGGCCAUGAUACAGUCUCAGUGGUAGCAGAAAGGACUGAGAAACAGAAGCAGCUGGGGGUGACACAGAGUAAGUUCCAGCAGAGAAUCCAGGAGAGAGAGAAGGAGCUGCAGGAUCUGAGACAGGCUGUGCAGUCACUCAAGCGCUCUGCACAGACAGCAGUGGAGGACAGUGAGAGGAUCUUUACUGAGCUGAUCCGCUCCAUUGAGAGAAGGCGCUCUGAGGUGAAAGAGCUGAUCAGAGAUGAGGAGAAGGCUGAAGUGAGUCGGGCUGAAGGACUCCUGGAGCGACUGGAGCAGGAGAUUGCUGAGCUGAGGAGGAGAGAGGCUGAGCUGGAGCAGCUUUCACACACAGAGGAUCACAUCCAUUUCCUCCAGAGCUGUCAGUCCCUCUGUGCCCCUCCUGGACCUGGAGACUUACCCAGCAUCACUGUCAGUCCAAACGUCUCUUUUGAGGCUGUGAGGAAAUCUGUCUCUGAACUGAAAGAGCGACUGGAGGAUGUUUUCAAGGCGGAGUUCAAAGUUUGUGGAAGAGUGGAAGAAGUCUCUGUUCUAGAGCCCCAGACCAGACAGGACUUCUUAAAAUAUGGCUGUCAGCUCACACUGGACCCCAACACAGCUCACAGAACCCUCCGUCUGUCUGAGGGGAACAGAGAGGUGACCUUUUUGGGAAAGAUCCAGUCAUAUCCUCAUCAUCCAGAGAGAUUUGAGCGCUACCUCCAAGUGUUGUGCAGAGUGGGUGUGUCUGGACGCUGUUACUGGGAGGCUGAGUGGAGUGUGGGUGGGGUUUCUAUAGCAGUGUCAUAUAAAGAGAUCAGCAGGAAAGGGCGGGGUAAUGACUGUAGAAUGGGACGCAAUAACAAGUCCUGGAGUUUGAUCUGCUCUCCCUCCAGUUACUCUUUCAGUCACAAUAAUAAGAGAACUAAAAUCCCUGUUCCCUCCUCCUCCAGAAUAGGAGUGUACCUGGAUCACAGGGCAGGAACUCUGUCCUUCUACAGCGUCUCUGACACAAUGACCCUCCUGCACAGAGUCCAGACCACAUUCACUCAGCCCCUCUAUCCUGGGUUUGGGGUUCAUUGUUAUGGAUCCUCUGUAAAACUGUGUGAUCUGGAAUGAGGCAGAGAGUGAAGGGAAGAUCAGCUGUAAUUAAAGAGAGGGAGAAACACUGUCUAUGAAAUAAUAUCAUUGCACAUAUGAAAAAGGCUGUGCUUUGUUCACACAUGUAAACUAGGUCUUAUUGGUACUUUGUUUUGUAAAUCGUGUGUGGAAAAUGUUUGGCUGAAGCCAAGAAAGCAAUUUGAAUUUGAAUUUGAGAGAGGGAGAGAGACAGAGAGGGAGAGAUGGGGAGAGAGAGAGAAGGAGGGA